CAAAAUUGAGUUACAUGGGAAGUUGUCGUGAUUGUGAACCGAUUUCAUUCUAUACCCAAAUAAUGUAUUUAUUCAUUGUAUUGACAUCAUUGUAGAUAUCGGACAACUUUUCAAGGUCCCUUAUAUCGAACAUGAAGAACUCAGCCCUCUUAUUAAAUAUCAAAAUAUGAUGAAAAUUUGCUAUUGAGCACGUAUUCACUUAUGUACGUACAUACGUGUCAAAUUAACAAAAAAAAUUUAAGUUUGAUUCAAUAAACUCGUUAGUCGACUGUUAGCUUCUCAAAUAUUAAGUGUUCUAUCAAUAUAUAUAAUUAAAUAACGGUCAACCGCUAAAUUUCGAAUGACCAGGACACAACAGUAACUACUAAAAAUUAACAUUGUGAAUAGUCAUAUUUUAGUGUGAGUAAGUGUACCGAUAUACAGUUAAAAAUAUUGCAUGCGAAGGAUAAAUCAUUUUUGUGAUUUAGAGAAGCGGCCCGGCAUUUCUCCGCAAAUGCCAAGAGAUGAUUAAUGUUAGUCGUUCCGUGGCGGAACUCAGCACAUGAAUGCAAGACGCGUUGGCGAAAUAUCCGUGCGGCUUAUGCACGCUCCAUUGGCGCAUAUAAUACUCAACAUGGCCGUAAUCAUGUUAGACCAAAUUAUUUAGCUGGAAAUUUGGAAUUUCUAAGGCCACAUCUCACAUGUAGAGAAACAGCAGUAGAUGCCAAUCCAGAAUGUCUUACAACUUACAUUCCGUGUAAAAACAUUUUCAGAAGCAUGAAAUUGAAACUAAAAAAUCCAGAAUGUCUUUGUUUGAACUGUUCAGCUGUGGAUUCGAAAUUAAAUUUGUAUAAUUUUCAAAAGUGUGGAAAUAAGUACUUUAGUAUCUGAUUAAUGCGGUCAGUUUUUUUAAUAAAUACCAAUACUACCGAAUUUCCACCAAAAUUUCGACCGGUUAAGUUUAAAUAUAUAUUCCAAAAUUGUUACACAUAUGAAGAUUGUAAAUUAUAUAAAUAAAGAGUGCAGAGUUGAA